GACAGAGGGCAGGACUGGAAGGAAGAAGAGGUGUGCCAAAGCCGGGCAGCCAGGAGUGCGCCAAAACUAGUGGAGCGCCCACUUGCCUCUCCUCCUCUCCGUCGCUGCAGCCCUCCAGCUCCCGCCAUGGCUGCGAAUUCGCUGCUGCGGGUUCCUCCGAGCAAUUUUGAAUCCCCACUGAUGUAUGAAGUUUCAGAGCACCAAAGUAGUGGCACAGACAGUUCUGGAAGUAGUCUGGGAAGCUCUGUCACAGCAUGUAAGAAGGUCCUCUGCAGCAACAGCUUGCUGGAGUCAACUGACUACUGGCUCCAGAAUCAGAGGAUGCCAUGUCGAAUUGGCAUUGUGGAAGACAAGUUAGAAAAGAAUUACGCAUCAGUUUGCUUUGUGAAUCUGGAUGCAUGCAAAGGUGAUUGUGAUGACGAACAUAUGAAACAGCGGUUGCUCAGUGUCUCCCCAAACCUUCCAAAGCUUAUCAACUCAAUGAAUGUACAACCACCAAAAGAGAAUGAAAUUAUUCUGCUGAGGGGGUUAACUUCAGGGAACCUUCAGGCUGAUUUUGAAGUACCCCAGGGUUCUUGGCUGGCAGAUGUCUGUCUGGUUCAGUGUGCAAGAGGAAACAGAAAGAACAGCACAAACUGCGUCAUCUUUGAAAUAAACAAGUUCCUGAUUGGGCUGGAGCUUGUUCAGGAGAAGCAGCUGCAUGUAGAGGCUAGCAUCUUAAAGCCUGAAGAUGAUACCAACUGCUCAGUGUCCUCAAUAGAGGAAGAUUUCCUGACAGCGUCAGAGCACUUUGAUGAGGAGAAUGAGGCUGACGAGGAUAUAAAUGGUAAAGUCUGCAAUCAAGCAUAUCAUGACAAGCUAAAUGUCACAGAACCUUCAGUAGUGUCCAGAAGAUAUCCAGGGGAAGGACUUGAAAUCUUAGAUUGCAAGCAGGCCCGACUGCCAUUUACUCUAGAAGCUAAUAGUGCUAACAAAGGCAGCACAGCUCCAAAUAGGACUUCAAGUUCAUCUGAGGAAGACUUUAAUGUUGGAGGUGAAAACAGUGUUUUACAAAAUGUUGGUAAGGCUACCAAGCAGCAACUCUGGAAAGCUAAUGUAGCUGGGAAAUCAAAGCCAUUCUCCAAUACAGAUGACCUGGAAGAUUCUUCUAGGGGUGAUACAGACAAUUCUGAUGUGUCAGAAGAUACAUCUUUGGCUACAAUGGCGAAAGAGGAAUUGAUUUCUUUGGAUGAUGCAGCAGGAGAACAAAAUAGACAUUUAAACACAUCAGUGUGUGGAGAUGAAAUAAAGCCUCACCCUACCACGCAAAAUGAACAAGCAACUGCUGGUCAAUUUGCUACAAAUUUGGCUGAGUCAGUACUGCAGGAUGCCUUCAUAAGAUUGUCUCAGUCUUCGUUUACCAAAGAGGCUGCUAUCAAUAUCUCUGUUGGUAAUUCCUUAACUUCAGCCACUCAUACAACAGAUGAAAUGGGUUCCCGGCCAUGGAAUGAACUUCCCAAAAUUGUCAUAGUGCAAAGUCCAGAUGGCUCUGAGAACAUAUCUGAGUGGCCUGGAUCUAGCUUACCAAAUCUGAGUCCUGGGUUUGAAAUGGAAUGUCCUACUGAAGUUGCAGAUUUGGUCGAAGGCAACACCUCCAAUGGAAGCACUCAGAAUACUUUGGAAGUAGCUUUGGCCUGUGCAGCUACAGUCAUUGGUACUAUUUCAAGCCCACAUGCUGCGGAGAAACUUCACAGAGAACAGGAACUAAUAAACUCUGAAAAUGAUAUAGUUGAUGGUGAAGAGUUAGGACCAAAUCCUUCCCAAAGCCUCAAUAACUGUACAUCUAUGGACUACUCUUUUCCUUCUGCCCUGUGUGGGAUGACUCAAGUAGCAAGUGCUGUUGCUGUUUGUGGCCUUGGUGAAAAAGAAGAUGACACAUAUCCUGUAACUUCAUCUGGACUCUUAUCGGCCGCUGAGGCAUCAGCAGCGAUAACUCUCCACUGCAGUAUAGCCAUAGGGAGCAGCAUGGAGAAUCUGAACAGUAGCAUUGCCCAGGUGUUGUUCAAAGAGGCAUCCUUGAUGCUAACAAACCCAGAAACAUACAAAAAUAUAGGGGAGUUUAUGGAAUCCGUAAAUGGGAAAAUAAUUCAGGCUGCGAGAAAACCACCCGUUCCAUACUUGGAGGAAGUCAUUGUUGAUGAACUGGCCCAGAACUUGUCUAAUAUUAUUCUGAGGCACUCUGUGGAAGAGGUCAAGAAGAACCGGCUUAACACGAGUUCAGAAAGAAAUAUGGGCACGAACAGCCAGGAUCUUUUUGUGGCAACUGCAAACAAACUACUUUUUAAUGUGCUGUAUUUCACUUGUAAGAAAAUGGGUGAUAUCGCACAGCUUAGCGAAUGUUCAGAUAAUUUUACUGAAGAAAAUUCCAGCUGGCAAGUAACAGACAACCAAUCAAAAGAAACAGUGGAUAAUGAAUUACCGCAUUCCCCAAACUACUUCAAUAAAGAACCUUCCCCUCAUACAAUUUCUGGCAAGGAUCUUGUUUCUUUAACAAGUUCGGGAAAAGAUAUCAAAGGGGAAGUUUUGUCAGUUGCUCAAAAAUCUAACAUGCUUCAUAACCCUGAAACCAGUGGUCAUAGUUCACCUACCGGAAGGACAUCGCCCAAGAAAAAGUAUGUGAAAAGAACUAAAAGAGAUUGUUCCAAAUCCGCAAAUCCCAUCAAUGAUCAAACUAAGAAAGAACUUGGAUCAUUUGCUGGCAGAGAAAAUAUUACAGCUGGAAAUGAAUGCAAAGAUGGUAUUCAAGAACUUCCAUUUUCUAGUUCUCUAAUAAGUACAGACAGUCAGGAAGAGUACCCCUGUGAUGCAUCAUGCCACAGUGAAACCCAACUCAGUCUGUCCUUAUUGGGUAAUCAAAGUUUGUUGCCUCCCCAACCUCUACUACAGUUGAAGCACCCACCAGAUGAAUACUGUAUAACAGAUUUUGCAGAGGAAUUGGCAGAAACAGUGGUCUCCAUGGCAACAGAAAUCGCUGCCAUUUGCCUUGACAAUUCAAAUGGCAAGCAACCCUGGUUCUGUGCAUGGAAGAGAGGAGGUGAAUAUUUGAUGCCUCAGGCUUUGUCAUGCCGGACCAUCAAAAGGAAAAAGGAAACAACACAGUCUAAUGGAUCCAUUGUGAGAAAACAUAGGCCACCCAGACUUAGUGAAAUCAAGAGAAAAACAGAUGAGCAUCCCGAGCUAAAAGAGAGACUUAUGAAUAGGGUAGUGGAUGAAUCAAUUAAUCUUGACGACACACCUGAUUCUAGUUUUGCCAAUGAAGUGGCUGCUAAAAUUAUGAACUUAGCUGAACUGUCUUUGGCUGAUAAUGUGUGGCAGAGUCCAAACCAUCCUCGAAAUCGAUUGCUCUGUGAUCGGUGGAACAGAGUCAAUGCAUCUAGUUGUGAAAGCAUUCCUGAAGAAGAUUCAGAUUCCAAAGGGUAUGCCAAUACUUUGGGCCUCAUGAACACCCUAGGGCAGCCAAUAAGCAGAACAAGUUCCAUAUCCAAACAGUCUAGCUGCGAAAGCAUUACAGAUGAAUUUUCAAGAUUUAUGGUCAACCAGAUGGAAAACGAAGGUCGAGAGUUUGAUUUGUUACUUGACUACUAUGCUGGAAAAAAUGCAAAUAACAUCUUAAGUUCUGCACUUCAACAAGUUUCCAAGAAAAAUGGCCACCUCAAUGUCCGGCCAAGUUGCCCAUCUAAACAGUCAAGCACAGAAAGCAUAACAGAUGAGUUUUAUAGAUAUAUGCUUAAAGAAAUAGAAAAAGAGAAUAAGGACAAUGUGUUCUCUGCAAGGCAUUCAAAGGAGUGGAAUAGCAGUUUAUUAUCCCCUUCCCAACGAUCGCCAUUUUGUUUUAGACAAUCCUCUAUGCCUGAUAGCAGAUCUUCAGCUUCAAGGCUAACAGUGAAUGUGCCCAUCAAGGCAAAUUCAUUGGAUGGUUUCUCCCGCAAUGGCCACCAGGAUUCUUUAAGCGUACAGCCCAUCAGCACUGUGUCCUCUACUGGGCUUUGCAAAUCAGACUCUUACCUGUACCAAAGAUGUAAGUCUGAUCAAAUAACAGACAUGCUGAUACAUGAAACGUGGGCAAAUUCCAUUAAAGCUCUAAUGUGCAAGAACAAAAUAAUUGUGAAUGAAAUAGAUGUUAUGGAGCCUGAGCAGCAUCCCCAUGACUCUCCACCGCAUGUUCAACAAUACGCAAAUAGGUUAGCUGCAAAUAUUGUUGAAAGUGGGAAAACUUUAAUUGCCAUCCAUCAAGAUUCUACAGAUAGAGGCAGCUCAGAUGAAAGUCCUAUCCCAAAAGGGAUGCAAAUCUCCAAACAGGCAGGAGAUAGGACAGACUUAGAUUUAAAAAGGCAACAUUUUGCAGCCUCUGGAGUGUUUCCGAAAAAGCAUUCUAGCUCCUCUGCAUGUCUAAGGGAAGUGCCUUUAAUUCAAAUAGAAACUGAUCAAAGAGAAGGGCCAGAAUCCCUAAUUCAAGUUAACAUCGCCUCUGGAGACACAAGAGAGCCAUUCAACAAAGAAAGACCUUCAGAAGCAGAUACGGGAAAACACAUGGUGUCCUUUUCAAACAGUCGCUUGAGUAUGAGAAGUCGCCCGGAGCCCGGAGCCUCAGGGGAGGCCAAAGCCAUGGAGGAAGUUCCAGUGCCUCUCAGCAGUAGCGAUGAAAGCACAGGCAGCAGCUGGUGUCAGCUGGCAAACGAAGAAGACAAUCCUGAUGAUACAAGCAGCUAUUUGCAACUCAGUGAGAGAUCCAUGAGCAAUGGCAACAGCAGCACCACUAGCAGUCUUGGCAUUAUGGACCUGGAAAUUUAUCAGGAAAACAUGUCAUCUUCACGUACUAUUAAUGAAUUGGUAGAAGAAAACACAUUCCGUAGCAAGCAGCCAGAAAACAGAGAGGAAUGUACUGCUGGUUUAUCUGUGGAAACAACCAGUAAGCAAAAGGAUCUCUUGGUGAUAAACUUUGACCUGGAACCAGACUGCCCUGAUGUCGAACUGCGCGCCACUCUCCAAUGGAUAGCUGCAUCAGAGCUUGGAAUCCCCAUUAUCUAUUUUAAGAAAUCUCAGGAAAAUAAAAUUGAAAAGUUUUUAGAUGUCGUGCAGCUUGUCCAUCAGAAGUCUUGGAAAGUCGGUGACAUCUUUCACGCUGUGGUGCAGUUCUGCAAGCUCCAUGAAGAAAGUGCAGAGCUGACUCCAAGCCUCUUUGACUGGCUUCUUGAGUUGGGAUAAGAAAACCUCAUCCCACUCUUUAUUUUUGUUUGUGAUCCAACUUAAGUGGCAAUGGUUUGUAAGUGGUCCUUUUAAAAAAAAAAAACAUCAGCACAAUACACUGAGCAAGAAGUACACAAUUAUGGCAAUGGACCGUGACUCAGUUUCAAAGCUGUACACAGUGAAAGGGAAGAACCAUUCUGUCAAGCCGGGGGGCUGGCACUUAGCUUUUUAGAAUGUACUAUUCUAGAAGAUGGGGUGUGCAUUCUAAAUAAGUGACCUGUUAUUACAGUUCGAUGGAAAAGACAUCCAUUUCCUGUCAUCAGAGUAUCACAGUAAGCAAGACAAGCAGGAAAUCCCUAAUAUUCAUAGCCUGAAGUGAUUUUGCAGAACACUACUGGUAAUUAAAUGCGUAUGUAGGAGGCUAUGUCUCUCAAUGGAUUCUAUGUAAUUAUGUUUUCAAAUUACUGCAGGGGAGUAGAAAAAGGAGUCUGAGCUCUUGUCUGUAGUCACUCAGCAGGUAUUCCUGUUCCACAGACAGGAAUUAGACAUUCACAUUGUCAGAUGAGCCUCUGAAACUCUCCUGGUAUUUUAUUUUUCCUGUAAUAUUCUGAGAAUCCAGUUAAUGGAACACUGGACCGCCCAUCAACAGAACUGAGGCCCACGCACAGCUCUGCUUGCUGUGAAAUUGUGGGCAAGUACUUGUACCCUCAUACCUCACUCUUUCUCAUCUGUAAUGAUGAUUUCUGUCCUUUGUAAAGUUCUUUACAAUCUUUGAAUAAGAAGGAUUGUUUUAAAAAAGAAUUCAACAUUUUUACUAAAAUGUUACAGUCUGAUCCAAUGCAUGUUUACUCAGAAGCAAGUUCCACUGAAUUCAAUGGGACUUACUCCCAAGUCUUGUGCAAAGGACAGCAGCCUUAGCCUACUGAAAUAUCUUAAUUUAGGCCAACCUGAAAAAUAAUAUGCUGUAGAAUGGGCAUUAAUUUCUGAGGUUUUUUUAUACUAAUAAUACCAUUGAAAAAUAAUUUAUUUAUAGAGAAUAUCUUCUUGUAGGGUAUUUAAAUAUUUGGGAUACAUGUGAAAUAUAUUUAUCAGUUUGCAACUUAGAUCUUCAGAUAAUAAGCUGUUUUCAUACUUACAUUUAUACGUUCUUUGGUACUAACUGAAGAAUCUGGUUUUAAUUUACAGUCAAGAAAGGAAAUCCAAUUGUCAUACAGAUAUCCAGCUAAUUACCCCACUAAAUAUCUCCAUUCCACAUUGUCUAUAUCCUCUGCUAAUGCAGUUUUCGGAAUGCAGUUGCUUUAACCUAUUUGAAUUACCACAUAUUCUGUAUUUGCUGCUUUGAAAAACAGAAAUUCUUUUGAUUGUAUAGCAGUUCUGCCUGUAUCUUGAAAAAUAUAAAAAGUAUCUUUUAUUUUCGCUACAAGAGUAUAUGUUUUUGUGAUAUGUCCAAAAAUAACUUUUAGCACCUAUUUUUGAAAUAAUUUUAAAUAAAUUAUAAACAACAUAGUUACCACUAUUAGUCCUCCUAAUAAAUCCAUUUUCAUGCAUGCAUGCCCUUUCUCAUGUAUUCACCAAGGAAGACAGUUGCCAAAAUUUUAAUGGAGUCCUCACUGUGCAAGCAACUUUGCUGAGAAUACAAUUACAACAGUGAAGGCUGAUUAACAGAAAGACCAGCUGACUAUAAGCACUGACUUUAGCCAAACUGCAGCCAGGUUUGUUUUUGAGAAGUGCUACUACCCAAAAAGCACCAAAAUCUGUAUGCACUCAGUACCUCUCUGAAAUUUACAGUUCAUUUUUGGAGAAUUAAAAAUGGAAAUCACAUAUUGGGAAAAUGAUAUUUAUUUUUAAGCCAAGGACAGUUAGUUGUCUGUUUUCAGACUUUUUGCAGUGGUAGAAUAAAUGUUUACUUAUCCUACUAAGCACAAAUAACAUAGGUGAUGUGUAACAGUGUGAUGAAGUUCUUUUCUGUACAUUUCCUCUUAGUAUCGCAGUCUGACCUGAAAAUAAAUUUGUGUUAACAACA